AUGCCCGUCCCAGAGGAGCCAAGCAGCACCGCAGACUGGGCAAAGAACCUGGUAAAGAAGAUGACGAUCGAGGAGAAGUACCGAAUGAUCCGCGGCAUCGGCUUCGAAGGCUUCAAAGAAAAACGCGGCUACUACAUCGGCAGCGUUUUGGGGGUGCCUCGUCUCGGGAUCCCGUGCAUCAAGAUGCAGGAUGGGUCGGCAGGAUUCCGAACAACGCAGAAGGAUAUUGCGGGAACCGUCACGGCCUGGCCAGCACCGCUGGUUCUGUCGGCCACUUGGGAUGCCAAUUUGGUGGAGCGAUGGGCAGAAGCCAUGGGCAGGGAGUUUCGGGACAAGGGUGCGAACAUGAUCUUGGCUCCGGCGGUGAACCUGCAUAGGACCCCCUACGGCGGCCGCAAUGCCGAGUUCAUUUCGGGUGAGGACACCGUUCUGGGCCGGGAGCUGGCAGCGGCCUUUGUCAGAGGAAUGCAAGACAAAGCCGGAGUGGCCGCGGCUGUGAAGCACUUCGUGUUGAACGAUCAGGAGACGCGACGCACCACCAGCAACUCCAUCGCUGACGCCCGGCUCCGUUGGGAGAAGUAUUAUCCGCCCUUCCAGGCAGCCAUCCGCGCUGGCGCCGCGGCCGUGAUGUGCUCUUACAACCUGGUGAACGGAAAGCAGGCCUGCAGCAACAACGACUUGCUGAAAAGGGACUUGAAAGACCGCAUGGGCUUUGACGGCUUUGUGCUGAGCGACUGGUGGGCCAUUCGCAAUGACGAGGCAGCAGAAGCUGGCACAGAUGUGGAUAUGCCCGGCAACGACCGUUUCUUCGCGGAGUUGGGUGCUCAAGAUGCAGGUAGCGUACUCCUCCUCCCCUUGACGGCGAUCGCCCACACCAUCCAUGGCGACAAGGAAGUCUUUGCGCACGUCCAUAGCGACGGUGUGGCGGAGGUUGCCGAUGCGGUGAUCAAGAGGCAUAAGCUUCUGCGAAAGGAGGCCAAGCUCUAUGGCGCAUCGUUGAUCGCUGAGGGUGGGCGAAUAACUUCGCGGACCAGAAGAACUAGAUACCUGCCGCAGUAUCCCACUGGUCCUGCUACUUGCGACGGCAGCCAGUGCCCAUCUGACAAAAGCGUAGACCCGUGUUCGCAGCUCCAGAACUGCAGCAUCGGUGGCCACCAUGACUGCGAGGGAACCUUCAAGAUGUGCAUCCCCGACAAAGACAGCCCAACAAAGUGCGCGACCAGUGAAGUGUGCUUGCUGCGGUGCACUGGCGUUUUCGUGGAGGAGAAGAGUGAUGGCUCCAAGGGAGCUCCGGCAUGCUCCGACCUUUCCCCGCAGAAAUGCGAUGGCCACUAUGUGGCUGACAAGGACUACACCAGCAAUGGCUUGGGUUACGAAUGCGUUUUGAAGGAGGACCAGACUUGCGGUACCUCGAGUACCUGCGGGGUGCAAAACCCUCCUGAGAGCUUGGGCGAGAAGCAGUGCUACGAGCCGGAAGUCUUCAAGGGCUCCCCGGACGGGACCUGCAGCACGCUGCGCACGCGGCCCGGGCACGAGUGCAAGACGCAGUGUGCACCGGGUUACACACCGUCACUCGCAGCGCUCAAGUGCAAGGACAUCGGCGAAUUUGAGCCGAAGACCUUCGAGUGCGAGCCCAACGCCUGCAAAGUGAAGCCGGUGCAGAACGCGCUGGCCAGCGGUUGCAAGGAGGGGCCCAACGCCGGGGAGGCAGUCAUCGUGUCCGGGGAGAAGUGCACGGUGCAGUGCAAGGAUGGUUUCUACGCCUCGGACGAGCUGCUGCGGUGCCACGCGGAAGUGCUCACUCCCGCGGCCUUCACCUGCGAAGCCCCUUGCCCAGUGCCCACCGUGAAAAACGCCGCGGCGGCCGGGGUCUGCAAGGAGGCGGGUGUGGGCGACAAGAUCUUGCCCUUCACCUCCUGCACGAGCCAGUGCGCUCCGGGCUACACGCCUUCGGUCCAAUCACUGAGCUGCCGCACCGGCGCCUUCACGCCCCAGUCGGUGACCUGCGAGCCGGACCCCUGCGAGGCGCCCUCCGGAGUGGAGUUUGUGUCCAAGGAGGGCGCGUGCAAGGAGGGCGCCACCUUGAGCUCCGGGUCAAGCUGCACUGCACAGUGCUUGGCUGGCUACACGCCCUCCGCUGCCACUCUCUCAUGCAAUGCAAAAACCUUGGCACCAGCCACCUUUACGUGUGCGGCCAACCCCUGCAAGCUCCCGAGCGUGGAGCAGAGCAAGGGCAACGGCUGCAAGGGCGUCGCUGGUGACACCAUUGAGUCUGGCAAGGCCUGCAGGACAGUCUGCAACGCGGGCUACACGCCAAGUGUAGACCACCUUGACUGUUUGGCCGAGACCUUGACUCCUGCCACCUUCGUGUGCAAGCCAGACCCCUGCCCCAUCCCCUUCGACAAAAACCAGGAGGACAGCGGCUGUGUGGGGGUGGCGGCCAAGAACGGAGCCACCAGUGUGGAGUCCUCGCAGAAGUGCCAGACGCAGUGCAAGGCGGGCUGGCACCCCAGCGUGGCCCAGCUCUCCUGCUUCGCUGGCACCUUGACGCCUGACUCCUGGAGCUGCGACGAGGACCCCUGCAGCGCACCCACCAAAGUGAGCAACGCCCCGGAGCUCACCUGCCGCCAAGGAAGCUCCAUUGUGUCCGGCACAGGCUGCACCACUCUCUGCAAUGAAGGCUAUUCCCCGAGCGCGAAGGCGUUGGCCUGCCACCUGGGCAAGUUCACCCCGGCCACCUACGUCUGUCAGCCGGACCCUUGCCCGGUGCACGAGGUAUCGAACCGCCUGGGCAGCGGCUGUGAGAGCAAGCCACACCCUGCCAUUAUCCCCUCGGGCUCCAGUUGCCGCACUCAGUGCCAGGAAGGAUAUUCGCCAUCCGUGGUGGAGCAGAAGUGCUUCGCCGCCACCAUGACCCCCACCUUCUGGACCUGCGACGAGGACCCCUGCGACGCCCCGGGAGGCAUCCGGAACUCAGCGGAGGAGACCUGCAAGGAGGGGAAGUCCGUGUCCGCGGGGCAGCUGUGCACCGCCCAGUGCGCCAGCGGCUUCUCCCCCUCCGUGGCCUCUUUGGGCUGCAGCUUGGGGAAGCUGAGCCCCAGUACCUUCAGCUGCGUCCCGGACCCCUGCAAGAUCCCGGAGGUGGCGAACAAGCAGGGCAACGGAUGCAAGGGCCUCCGGGGCAACACGGUGAAAGCGGGCACAAGCUGCAUCCCCGUGUGCAAAAGUGGGUUCCAGCCCUCCGAGACCUCGCUGCAGUGCACGGCCUCCCAGCUGUCCCCGGCCACCUGGGUCUGCGAGCCGGAGCCCUGCAGCGCGCUGCAGGUGGAGAGGGCCUGGGGCACCGGCUGCAACGGGGGCAUGAAGAGCAAGGUCGAUUCUGGCUCCGCGUGCGAGAUCAAGUGCCAGGAUGGCUAUGCGCCCUCUGUGCCAAAGCUCAACUGUUAUGCCAGCAUGUUUACGCCCUCCAGCUACACGUGCGACCCCAAGCCCUGCCGCAUCCCGGCGGUGCAGAACAAGGCGGGCUCCGGCUGCCUGGGCGCCCCCGGGGACUCCAUCGCCUCGGGCACCAAGUGCACCACCCAGUGCCUGGGAGGUUACACUCCAUCAGUGGCAGAGCUCACUUGCAGCGCAGAGAUGCUCACACCCGCGACCUUCGAGUGUAGCGCAGAUCCUUGCCCCAUGCCAAAGGCGACCGACCGCAAGGGCAAUGGCUGCAAGGGCAUGCCGGGCACGGUGGUUGCUUCGGGUGCGACUUGCGAGACCGAGUGCAGCAAUGGCUACACUCCGUCGGUGGCGAAGCUUGAGUGCUUCGCUGGCACGCUCUCGCCCAACAGCUACAUUUGUGCGCAAGAUGACUGUGCAGCUGUCACAGGCGUCCCGAACGCGCCGACCGUGGCUUGCCAAGAGGGAGCCACCAUUCCCGGCGGCAAGACUUGCACUCCCCGGUGCAACGCUGGGUACAGCCCAUCCAAAACAUCCUUGGCCUGUAGGCGAGGAGAACUGGAGCCAAGCAGCUUCGAGUGCAAGGCGGAUUCCUGCGACGUGCCGUACGUGGCCAACUCGUUGAACCCUACCUGUGCGGAGGGCAACAGCGUUGACCAUGGGAAGAGGUGCACUCCAAAGUGCAAGAGCGGAUACUCUGCCUCAGAGUCAUCCCUCUCAUGCAGUGCCGGCACCUUGAGCCCAGCGACCUUCCUUUGCAAGGCGCCCUGCGCCGCGCCGAACGUGCUUCACUCCAAUGGCGUUUGCAAGGAGGGCAGCAGCAUUGAGCACGGCAAGUCCUGCACCACUCAGUGCAAUGCGGGCUACAUGCCCAACAAGGCAUCCCUGGAGUGCAAUGACGGCUCGCUGACUGGCUUGCCGGUCUUUUGCCAGACCGGGCCGCCGCCUAUCGGCGGGGACUUCUACAACUGCUGGACCGGAGAUCCGCACUUCACCUGCCAUGGCGGGCGCCGCUCUGAUCCCUUGGUGCCGGGAACGCACUGGGUCUUCAAGCAGAGCUGCCCGGGCAGUCCCAACUUCAUGUGGGUGCAGGGCCUCUACGGCCCGCGCAGCCCCUCUGUGACCAUGGGUGCCGCCUUCGGCGGCCUGUUCCUGAGCAAGAACGUCCUCACCAUCCGCGUCAACAACAACCCGUCGUGGGUUGUGAAGUGGAACGACCAGCCGAUCGCCAACGUUUGGCAGGGGAGUGGCAGCUCAUGGAACUACAACCUCGGCGGCACUCAGCUCUCGAUCACCUGGACCAGCAGUAAGAUUGAGGUGGGGCUCAGCUAUGGCGUCACAUACAAGGCUAGCCGGUCGGGCUGGAACCGCGAAAACAAUAUCAAAGUCUCCGGCUUCUACUACACAGAUUACUACACGCAGAACAAUUUCUGGUGCAAAGACGGGACCUUCGCGGGCGAGGCUAUUGAGCUGCCGCACCCUCGCAACGUAUGGUCCCCAUCUGGGGAUGAUAAAUUGGUGAAUAGCGACUAUGACUUGUUCCAGAAGAGCAAGGCCCACAUCGAAGCGAAGCUGGACUCACUUACGGCAAUGGCCAGCUUGCUGGACACAGAUGAUGUGGAAGAUGGCAUUGAAACUCUGGCGCUCAACCAGUCGCUAAAAGUCAGUGACGAGCCCCAGCUAUGCACUGGCAAGGCGCUCGAGGAAGCACAGAAGGAUUGUGCGGUCCUCAAAAAGGAAGAGACGGAGGAAGAGCAAGAGGAACUCGAAGAGGAUGAAGAGGCCCAGGCAACCCAGGAAGCAACCUACAAUGCAUGCAUCGCGGAUGUCUGCGCCACGGCGAACGGCAACUUCGGGGAAGCGGCGAAGGAAACCGAGGAAGAGAGCGAGAUGCAGGCUGCCCUGAAGCACAAGAAGGCAUUUCGCACCGCCGCGGCGGACGGGGAGUGCAAGGAAGGCUGGACUUCCACAGACUCCGGGGACAACUUCCUGUUGGAGGAGGAAAAGUCCCGGGCGGACAAGAAGAAGGAGGCGUGCACGGUGGCUUGCAAGAUCUGCCGACCGGCUCAUCGUCGCUACCUGGUGGGCCCUAUGGUGCUCCACAACGAGACGAAGGACGCCUGCAUCGCUCAGGAGCUGGCGAUGCCCAAGGCAGAGGCUGACAAGGCAAGACUUUGGAUCCUGCAGAAGAAAUUCACCACAGCGGAGAAGGGAUGGAUCGGUGGGAACUUCAAGGAAGGCGGUUGGAAGUGGGGCGACGACACCGACGUGGAGGGUGGUGGCACCAUCGAAGGCAAAGUUGGUGACUACCUGUGCUUGGACAAGGAGAAUGGCAAGUUGAUCAAUUGCGAUCACCGACCAGAUGUGCGGCAUGACGCGCUGUGUGAGACGAUGUUCUACUGA